AUGGGCGGCGCCGAAUCUGUGCCGAGCCGCGUCUUCUCGCACGAGAUCCCCGGGACGGUCCAGCCCGGCUUUGGCGGCAUUCGCGUUAGCGCCGACAGCUUUCCCGUGCCCGACGAGAUCGCGAACCUCUGGGCCAACUUCAAGGUGGGCAUGGAGCAGUCGCCCAACUCGCCGUACCUCGGUACGCGGUCGCGCGACGCCAAUGGCAAGGCCGGCCCGUACACGUGGGUCUCGUACCAGGAGUCCCACGACCGCGCCGCGCGCAUUGCGACGGGCUUGCGCAACCACUUGAAGCUUGCCCGCCAAGACAUGCUCGGUAUCUUCUCCAAGAACCGCGCCGAGUGGGUCUUGACGGAAAUGGCCUGCAACCGCAACAGCUUCGUACUCGUCCCGCUGUACGAUACGCUUGGCCCGGACGUCAUCCCAUUCAUUGUCAACCACACCACAAUGCGUGUCAUGAUGUGCUCUGGUGAUCUCGUCUCGAACGUGCUUGCGGUGAAGGGGCAGUGCCCGUCUCUCGACUAUAUCGUCAGCCUCGAUGCUUCGAUCAGCAGCCGCCAGCGUGCUGAGGCUGAAGGCCUGGGUGUGCAGCUCCUUACGUUGAGCGAGCUCGAGUCGGUGCCGGAUGCUACAAGUACGUCGCGAUUCAAACCUGCUAAGGCGCACGAAAUUGCCACGGUGUGCUACACCUCGGGGACAACGGGCGACCCAAAGGGUGCGAUUUUGACGCACCGAAACUUUGCAACGACGGCCAUGAGCAUGCUUCACCGCUUGUCGGCGGACCCGUCGUUCACGCAUUUGUCGUACCUUCCUCUGCCCCACGUGUUUGAGCGCGUUGUCCUGGCUACUGUCACGCGCGCCGGUGCGUCUAUCGGUUUCUACCAGGGAGAUGUGCUCCAUCUCAUGGACGACAUGGCGGAGCUCAAGCCAGCGCUCUUUGUGUCGGUACCGCGCCUCUUCAAUCGCGUCUACGACAAGAUCAUCCAAGGCGUGAACGCCUCUGGUGGAUUCAAGAAGAUGCUCUUUGAGUACGCGUACGAGUCAAAGCGCCAAGGGCUCGCCGCGGGCUCCAACACGCAUGCGCUCUGGGACACGCUUGUGUUUGAAAAAUUCGCGCCGUUCUCGUUCCUCAAGAUCGCUUUCUCUUGUCGCGUCGAAGAAGGUUACGGGCUCACCGAGACGACGGCCGCGCUGACGCUCUCGAUUCCCGAGAUUCCGACGGGCGCUCACGUGGGCAUGCCUCUACCCAACCUCCAGAUCCGCCUCGCAGACGUCCCCGAGAUGAACUACACGAGCACUGACAAGCCGCGCCCUCGCGGUGAGGUCUGGGUCCGCGGCCCGAACCUCUUUACGGGCUACUACAAGGACCAGGAGAAGACGGCCGAGUGCCUGACAGACGAUGGCUGGUUCGCGACGGGCGACAUCGGCUGUUGGAACGCCGACGGGACGCUGAGCCUUAUCGACCGCAAGAAGAACAUCUUCAAGCUCGCGCAAGGUGAGUACAUUGCUGCGGAGAAGAUUGAAAACAUCUACGCCAAGUCGCCGUUUGUGGGACAAAUCUUCUUGUACGGCGACUCGCUCCAGAGCUGUGUCGUGGCCAUCAUCGUGCCGGACCCGGAAGCGGUCCAGGCCUGGGCGGCGUCCAAAGGCAUCAGCGAUGGCACCAACCUUGACGCGAUGGUCAAGCGGCCGGACCUCAAGGCCGCUGUGAUUGCGUCGAUGGCUGACGUGGCCAAGGAAGGCAAGCUCAACGGCUUUGAAUGCGUCAAAGAUGUUAUGCUCCACGCUGACAUCUUCAGCGUCGAGAACGGGCUCAUCACGCCGACUUUCAAGCUCAAGCGACCGCAGCUCAAGGCUCGCUUCGAGGCCGAUAUCAAGGCGAUGUACGCGGCGUUGAAGUAG